AUGGCUCCUGUUUGCAGAACCCUUGGCCAAAACCAGGCAUUCUCUAUGCAGGACAUACCUGCCGGGGCGCUGGCUUGGACGCACUGCGCCGAAGAAGGCUUUGUGACUGUGAAAAUCUUAAAGUAUGACACCAAAACGGGGAAAGCCCAGGUGGUGAUUGAUGCGGAAGGCGCAUCUAGUGUGGCAGCAGCACAGGCAGCUGCCGACGUACUUUGCGAGGCCACCGUGUCACAAUCAUGCAGCACCCAGGAGGAAGCACUUACUAAUGACAACGGUUCAAAACCGCAAGGUUCACAGCAGCGAAUCGAGUCAAUCGCUGCAAAUACAUCAUCACGGAAAAGGACGAAAUUACGCAAGGAAAAGCUCAGCACUCCAUGGUCGCUUGAACCCCCGGAAGCUGCAACUGAAGCAUUCGCGGACCCUCUCUCUCAACGCGGUGCCGUCGGACUUGAACCCCAAUCUUCUUCACAGGAGAGCGAAACAGAGGAUGAAACGGAGGGGUCAUCAGAUGCUCCGGUUGAGUCUUCCAGCUGCACCAGUUCCCCGGUAGAUGACCUAGGAGGAGCGUACAUAGUAGAACGGCUCGAACAGCGGGCUUCUGAGGCGGCGGCGGCCGCCGCCGCCGAUGCUAGUGCAAGGUUCAUUUCCCAGCCGCCUUUUGAAGUCCCCGUCAACCACUUAUGGCCCUAUAGUCCACCCCCCUUGCCGCCGCACCCUAUCCCAGACGAAAGCGCCUGUUGUGACACGUUGUCCGCCGCUGCCCUCCUUCAGCUUCUUCAACAUAGGUACCUUCGUGAUGAGAUAUACACCUAUGCAGCAAACGUUCUACUGGCUGUGAACCCCUACAAGCCGUUGCCCCACUUGUAUUCCGCACAGCAGAUCUCAUUGUAUCGACAUUGGAGGGAGGUUGCCCGGAUAUAUCGGCGUCAGCUUAAUGACGACCAAAGUGCCUGCGCAGGGGAGCAUCCCCAUCAGGCGGAUUCUACAACCACUAUCCGCUCCAUUCUGAAUGGUCUCCCAGGAGUACUACCUGUUUGCCGACCCCCUAGCUUCAAUGGUGACGACAUCUAUGGCCGUACGGAAUCCCCGGAGAUGAAUGCGUGGAUGAAAGCUAGUAAUCCUUGUAACGACGGUACUUCAACAGCACCUGAGCCAUCAACACUAGCAGCUGCCUUGGAAAAUGCCUUCAAGGAAACCACUGCGAAUCGGAACAGACCGCCACCGCACCCCUUCGUUGUAGCGGAGGAAGCUCUGCGCCGCCUUGUGGGGACACAGACUAGUCAGACCAUUGUAGUUUCAGGGCAGAGUGGAGCAGGAAAGACCGAAACGAGCAAGCAGCUAAUGCUCUUUCUAACUCACGUAUCCACAUCUCCUAAUGACACACUGGCGGGCGCUUCUGGCAGUGCAACAGGUUCUCACGGCGAUUCAGGCGCGCCGAAGACUGUAUCCGGCCAGCGGACGGAGGUUGCAGCACUUCUUGGAGGUGUACAGACGCUACAAGAAGCAACAGAGCUACAGAAAAGGAUCGUUUCUUGCAAUGCUAUUUUUGAAUCCUUCGGAAACGCUGCCACAAGAAGGAAUCACAACAG